AUGACAGAAUUGGCUAUUGUUUGUCCUCAAGUAUCAUCAUCAAAGAAAGGCAUGGAUCUUCAUCAAGUCUUUGAUAACAGGAGAAAGUCUUUGCCGUUUUUCGAAGAGAAUGGCUAUUCUGCUUCAUUUCACUCUGAUACCAAUAACUGGUUGGCUUUCUGGUUGUAUUUAGUGACAAGUUCAUACUUUCUGCUGAGGGAAAAUGUCAACUUUUUCAGCUGCAGUGGGAUAAAAUCUGAAGUGAAUGUUUCUUUAUGUGACAAAAGCACACCAAAUGAGAGAACGGAGAAUGCUGCAACUGUUGUAGAUGAUGCAGUUAGCUACUCUGAGAGCUUAGGGUCUCCCCACAGCACUUGUUCAUCCACCUAUUUUGAUGCUUCCUCGGAGAUUUCGGAUUUUGACAGAACAAGUUACUGGCACUCUUUACUGAGUCUUGAAGAGGAAGAUUCUGAAUGGCUUUCAGAUUCAAUGAUAUCUGAGAACCCUUCUAGUCCUCUAAGCUACAGUGGUGAUUCUUUUACUGAGUUUUCAGAUGUGGACACACCUAGUUACUGGGACUCCUUGCUCAAACUUGAAGAGGAAGAUCGUGAAUGGAAUAUGGGUAAAGUAAGUUACUGGCAUUCUUUUUCUUUACUAAAUCUUGAAGAUGAAGAUUCUGAAUGGCUCUCAGAUUCGAUAAUAUCUGAGAGCCCUUCUAGCCCUCUAAGCUUAAGUGGUGAUUCUUUCACCGAUAUCUCAGAUGUAGGCACACCAACUUAUUGGGACUCCUUACUCAGACUUGACAAAGAAGAAAACAGUGAAUGUAUUUCAGACUCUAAUCAAGGACUAGAGUGUUUUCAGGAUGGUUCUCCGGUCUCAUUGUAUAAGAUAAAUUGGGGUAAUGUGGUUCUUCCUCCAGUUUCUACUAUCUCUUCAUUCAAUUGUGAUGAACCACUUUUUUGGCCAUUUGAAGGAGAAUUUGAUUGGGAUUAUGAGGAAACUUCAUUCUGUAACUCGCCUAGGAAAAAAGAUAUUUUUUAUUCAAACAUGGACAGUCCUUUGGAAUAUUUUGCUGUGGACCAAGAGUUUGCAAUUGAGACAUUGGUGGGGCUAAAGGAGUUUGAUGGACAUGAGGGGCUGGAACUUGAUUAUGAAAUUAUUGGUGAUGGUUUUAUGCUGGAGGAAUUUCUUCAAUAG